UAGGCCGAGUUGUUUUCGAGCAAGUUUGACGAAUUUUUUUUUAUUUUUAUUACAACAAAUAAAAUGUCGGCCCACAGUGGAGGAACGGAUUGGAAUUCCGUGGUAAAAGCUUUAUUAUUAAAUCGGACGGGCGCUUUAAAUAAAAAUGAAAUAGUCAAUUUGCUGAAAGCUAUAACAAAAUGUGAACAUGAGUUUUUCGAUGAGGAGAGCAAUUAUAUACAAUUUUAUACGGCUUUUGCAGCCCUAGCGGCGGAUAAGUUGAUGCAAAUCAAGUCGAUUUGCCAGACACAGAUAUCUCAACUACAUUAUGCCGCCGCCGUGUUGAUACGUUUCAUAUUAUAUCGUUUGCCCAAGGUAACUGUUUAUGAGGUGAAAUGGUUGCUGGUGGCCCUCAAGACACUAUGCGAGGGUCGUGAUGAACUGCAAUUUGAUUAUAAUGCAGUGGCAAGUAUUUUAAAAACAUCAAAGCACCCAGAAGCGGGUGGAAAGGGGAGUGGAAGUGGCAGUGGAAGUAGUAGCAGUUCAGGCUCUGCUGCUGCUGCGGCAGGCGGAGGACAUGACAAGGAUUCACCAAAAUCGGAGAUAAAACACUCACGUUCGGAUCUUUCAUCAAUAAUAUUGCAACAAUUGUUAAAUCCUUUGGAGCCAGGCAAAAUGACCUGGGUGCCACUUAGCGAAGAGUUAACUGAUUGUACAAAUCAACUCUUGGCGGCCAAUGUGGAAUAUUUUCAAUCUCAAAAUGGUGUGGAUACCGUGUUGGAUGUUUGUGUUAAUUUGCCCAUAUUGAAUCGUUAUCGUGGCAAAUAUUUGGAGACAAUAAAUGGUGGCAAACCCCUGUAUUUGCCGCUUACUCAAACAGAGGCCAAUGCCGUGAAGGCUUCUGUAACGCAUAUGCUGACAGAUCUCUCAAUAUUAAGUCAAUCACAUUCGUUGUUACUAUUACAACCGCUGACACCGCAGCGUAUUGAGAAAUUAUCAAUAAGUGGAAUAUCUGCACUCUAUAAUGCGGUACUGACAUCCAUUGCAGCCAGUGUAUUGGGCAUGGGUCAGGCUAGCAGCAGCAGCAGCAGUAGCACUGCAGGCAGUGGUGGCAGUCAAUCUAGUAAACCACAAGCCACCAGUACGGCAUCGACCAGUCAGGGAGGAGGAGGAGCUACAGGUUCUGAUGAAUUUGAAGAACAAGCUUCGGCUAUUGUUAACAAAGCUCUGGAAAUCUAUUCGAUUGUUGGCGAAAUGUUUAAAUCAUGGGCACGACUAUAUAUCUAUCAGAAUCAUCUAUGCUAUGGCAGUUGGCUACUAAUCAGUGGCAUUCAAGGAGCUAUGGGAGCAUCUGGCAGUAGUUCAACCAGUUCAUCGAGUAACAAAAACACCUCCAAUGAUCCACCAACUACGCCAAUAGCUCGUGUCAAUCUAUUUAAAGUACAACAAGGAUUCGGUGAACUAAAUGCAGCCAUAGCCAAUCAUUCAAUUAAACUAUUAACCGAAUUGGUAGAAGAUUUGAAAAUUGAAACGUCUUGUGCCUCAGGCUCUGGCUCAUCAUCAACAGAUGGAGAUCAAUUGCCCGAGCCCGCACAAUUUGAUAUAUUGCAAAAUUAUACAACAUUGCAGCGUAUUAUAAGAGUUUUAAACACGGCAACAUUGCAUCAACUCUUUACGUUCCUGGCAACAGUGGCUUAUCGCAAGGCCUGCUCCUUGAAGCGUGCAUCGACCAAAGAUCGCACAGAAUGCGAACCCAUUAGCUAUUCAGAUUCGACAACAUAUUUCAAUGAUUCUCUCUCAUGUUCCGAUAAUUCAGAGGAUGAUAGUGAAAGCUAUUUGGGACAUUGGUUCAAGGAGACACUGUCGCCGGAAACUCACGAUGAUAAUGCCAAUAGUUGUCCCCAGGAGCGCGGUGGGGAACAGAAAUCAUCGGCUUUGGUACCCAAAUUGGAUGAGCCGCAUGAGUAUUUAGAUUUGGCAGCAGAUAUUUUCUGUUUCUUGGAUCAAUUCCUAGCCAAUCGUCAUUCAUAUAUGCAGCGUUAUGUGCGUGCGGGUGUUAGUGAUCAGCAAAUGUUAUUAAUGGCCAAUAUCAUUAAAGAUUUCGAUCGUGAUGUCAUGAGGAGUGAUCAAGGAUCAAGUGGAGGUGGUGUUGAAUUACCACCCAAAUGGCAAUCUUCUAUGAUACGUUUCUCUGGUGCCGCUGGUCGCUAUAUACACAAUUUAAUAUCAACAUCAUUGCUGUCGGAGCAGCUGCAAUCGAAUCUCUUGCAGCAUUUGUCCAUCUCACCAUGGUCAACGGAGACAAAUACUUGGCCCCUGCAAGUCUAUCCCAGUACAUUGUCGGUGCUAGUGCAAAUUUUAUUGCUAAAACCCAAUCAGGAGAAGGAGGCCGCCUGCCUAUCGGUGUGGCAUCGUUUGAUCAAUACAUUGGUUGAUGGUGUCUGCUCCACUACGGACAAUUCGACGACCAGUGGUGGCGAUUAUGAAGAUCUCAAUAUUGAGCAUGCUCAAUUAUUGCUUUUCCUUUUCCACUCACUCAAUUUAAUGCAAAAGAAAUCCAUACUUUUACUAACCGCUGGCGGUGUUAUACGCUGUGCGGAAAUAUGUCGUGGCAUUAGCUCUGAACGUCCGGUUAGGCAAUGUCAAAUGAUGUGGCUAUCACGUUUGCUGCUCUUCCUGGAGUAUCUAAUGAAACAUUUGUAUAAUGCACCACCCGAACUAUUGGAUCAAGUGCGUUGGAAUCUAUUCAGUGUGAGCAGCAUGACCGAGAAUCAAAAAGUAUCCGAUUUGCUUAAUAGUCGCACUAAGCUUACAUCGUAUUGUCGUCAGGAUAUUGAAGAGAAAUUCCGUAAAUCUCAUGGCACUGAAGGAGGAUCAAAUAUACGUCCCACAUUUUACUCCCUGGUCACUGGUGAUCCGGAGAAGCCAUAUUGGGCACAGGAUUUCAAAUUAGAUGGCUUGGCCUGGAAUUUCAUCUUAUGCACACCAGAUAAACUGAAAUAUCCUUUGCUUGUGGAUGCCCUAACUGAUAUAUUGCGGAUUGUUGAUAUGUCUGCUUUUUCGCAGGGCAAAGAUUUGUGUGCCAUGCAAUAUUGUUUUAGCAUUGCCUGGAAAUUGUUAUUGGGUCUACCACCAUCCACUUCUCAUGUGGAGUCCAUCAAAAGUGAGAAUCAGUUGCCCAAUUUGCAUUCACUGGUAUGGAGUAUACGUUAUCCUUUGGCCCAAUCGGAAUAUUUGGUUGUAAAUAGUCUCAUUAAGCAGGGCAUGUAUACUCAGUAUGCUGAAUCUUUGUGGAGUCAGGUCGGUGAUCGUGCAGCUGAUAUAAGAUAUAGCCUAAGGCAAACUAUAUUGGGCGUUGAUGCGUUCAAUAAGCAAUUGAAUCAACCAAACGCUCCACCUCCACGCUUAUCGGAUUUGGUGCUAUUUGAUGCUUUGGUGGCCCACAUGCAGGCUGUGGCCUGGGCAGAUAAACAAGGCUAUAAAUUGCAGCGCAAGGAACAAGACGAGUCCAUUUUUAGUGUUGGAGGAGGAGAGCAGCAAGGUAGCACGGCCACAACACCCAGAUCUGCGGAUAAUGAAGUUUAUUCAUCAAACGAAUCGAUUGACCAGCAAAAAUCCAAGACAUCAUUGAAACCGAAAAUCGUCGAAAUCGUCGUCGCCGAUUAUGAGGAUAUUACUUAUGAUGAUGGAAUGACAUCCAGUGAACUGCAGGAACGCUCACAAAUAGUCAAUGAAUUGAUGCUUAAAUUAAUGGAAUCAUAUCGUCUCAUAUCGGACAUUGUACGUUCUCAGAUGCUUAAGCAAUUGUCCAGUUCCACACCGGAAUCGGUCCUGAAUCUAAUUGUGCCGAUUGUUAGUGAUAAGCCGGCCAUAAUGCUGGAAUUGCAUGCCGCUUUCCUUAAACUGUUGCCCAAUGAGGAUAAGCAAUUGAUUGCGAAUGAAUGGCCGAAAUGUUUAAUGGUCAAUGAGGCGGCUUUCGAUGGCAAACAGCAUCCGGUGGAACCAUAUACACUUAAUGUUAUAGAUGCCCACAUCACGGAAUUGGCACGCGGACCAAGUUACUCCACUUUGCAUACAUUGAAGCACUGCUUGAAAUCAAUUCUACACUUAAUCGAGCUAUUGCUCUCGUAUUGCUCGACCAAUUCGGAGGUGAAGCAUCAAUUGAAACCACUGCUCAUUGCCUCAAUGCUGGACAUGCGCACAGAUUAUCUACAAGGACAGAGUGAACAGUGUCUCCGGGAUAUUCUAAGCGGUCUGACUUUGGAGGCACAGAAAUUGUUACUCUAUGAGCAUAUGAUUGGCUAUUGUUAUCGCAUGUUAAUUGAAUUCUCCAGUGAAUUAAGACAGACCGGAGGAGGAGGAGUCGGUGCUACUGCCAAUCAAGAACGAGCUUUAUUUAAUGAAUCUAUGCUAUUUGCUGUGCUCAAGACGCUAAUUAAGAUGCUGGAUAAACCAACUGCCGUGCAGGCCAUGAGACAAUUCUUCAAGGAUCAGCGUUUGGGCAGUUUGACCACUCUGCUAUUAUCCUUUACAGGCACUUCGUUGCCCUUGAGCUAUGCCCGCAAAAUGUUGCAAUUUGUUGAUCGCCUGUUUCAGCAAUCAUUGCAAACAGAUUCACAAUUUAUCCAUGAAGAUCUUGUGGAAUGUUUCAGUGAAUUGGCCCAAGUGGAAGUGGCACGUCUUAAACUUUGGUUAGCUCACAUUAUCUAUGGCCCAAAUGUCAGUGGCGAGGCUUCAGAGGCAAUGGACACUGCUACCACCACCACUUGUAAGCAAUUGCUCACUAGCAGUUCCAGCAGUAAUGCCCAGACUCCAACAAAUAUGGCUACAGUUUCGGCCAUGCCAAGCAUUUCCGAUCAAUUGGAUGCUAUGGACAUUGAUUAUGAUUGUGGCACAGGAGGUACAGCAGGAGGAGGAGGUGGUGGAGCAGGCAGUGGAGGCAUUGGUGGAGGAGCACUAGCACCAAAUACCUCACAGAUAUUAAGUCUCUGGCAAGCAGCUCAGCCAAAUCCUUCAGAAGAGUCCUCUCAAGCCUGCGAUCCCAAUGGCUCUAGCAAUGGCAAUGGCUCUGGCGGUGGCAAUGGCCUACUUCUACUUGGCUUGGUCAAAGCUCUAGUAAGGGAUCAGACUCAAGCCGGAUUAAUAGCCCCUCCCCUUUUCCAGGCCCUACUCCAGCUGGGACAGAAUUUAAUAACACCGCCGCAGGAUGGUUGCGAUUUUGCCGAUGUUUUGCAGAUAAUGAUUACACUGGCAGAUGCAUCUCCAGCCCGUGGCCAUGUUGCGCUAUUCAAUACAACAUUAACUUGGCUGGAAUUGGCCCGUUUGCAAUUGCCCGAUAAGCAUCAGUUGCGUCAUGCUGAGAAUGUGAGCGCCUUGCUGCGCUAUUUGAGUGAACUUCUUCAGAGCAUUGGCUAUCGCGGUAGUCGUCAGCAUAUGCCACCAUGGGAUGAUGAACUGCAAACCGAUAUGGAUGAUCUCUAUGAUGAACUGGGAGUGGAGGAAGAGCAAGACUCUCUGCUCGAUGACUCCGAUGAGGAUACCUUGAAUAACAAACUGUGCACCUUCUCGCAGACCCAGAAAGAGUUUAUGAAUCAGCAUUGGUAUCAUUGUCAUACCUGCAACAUGAUUAACACGGUCGGAGUAUGCUCCGUUUGUGCCAGAGUAUGCCACAAGGGUCACGAUGUUAGCUAUGCCAAAUACGGAAAUUUCUUUUGCGAUUGCGGAGCCAAGGAGGAUGGUUCUUGCCAAGCAUUAAGUCGUCGUCUGGGCAAUACUUCAAUGGAGGCUAGAGAUCCCGUCUCUGGUGUUGUCUAUGGCACUGGCAGCGCCUUACCCUCGCAUAUAGGACUUUUGUCGGGAGGCAAAAAGAGAUCCCUGGCACCGCUAAGCGGUAAUAGUCAACAGCAUUCAGCUCCCAUGCGCAAGGAUUCAUUGAGUAGCGAGAGAAUUACAUUGCUUAGCAAACUAUUGGAACCCCAUCGUGAAGCUCUACAACAACAGGAUCAAUGGCUGUUGGUUGUACGCUGCAUCCUGGAAUACUUUGAUGCUCUGUUGCCAUCUAUACGUGAGAAUUGCACAUUAUAUUCCAUUGUGGGUUGCCAUAAAAGAGCCACCGCUGCCCUGGAACGUUUACAUCAAUUGGAGCAAAGUUUUCAGGUGACGGAUCAAUUGAUGUUUGCCACUUUGGGCUCUCAGGAGGGAGCCUUUGAGAAUGUGCGCAUGAAUUAUUCCGGAGAUCAGGGACAAACGAUUAAACAUCUAAUAUCAUCUGGUGUGGUGCGUCGUGUGGCCUUCUGUUGUCUCUCAUCGCCCCAUGGCAGACGCCAACAAUUGGCUGUGUCGCAUGAGAAGGGCAAAGUCACCAUAUUACAAUUAUCGGCGCUACUCAAGCAGGCGGAUGCCUCCAAGAGGAAAUUAACACUUACCCAGUUGAGUACAGCUCCCAUUGCCUGCACUGUACUCUCACUGGCUGCAAAUCCCUGCAAUGAGGAUUGCCUAGCAGUAUGUGGUCUUAAGGAAUGUCACAUCCUGACCUUCUCUAGCAGUGGAACCACCAAUGACCAUAUUGUUGUCAGCCCUCAACUGGAGAAUGGCAAUUACAUAAAGAAGGCCAUUUGGCUACCAGGAUCACAGACUCUACUGGCCAUUAUCACUUCGGAUUAUAUCAAGAUCUAUGAUCUGGCUGUCGAUACAUAUAGCCCCAAAUACUAUUAUCUCGUGGCAGUUGGCAAUAUCCGUGAUUGCACAUUUAUGUAUCAGGAUGGCUCGUAUUAUAUGUUGAGCUUUGCCAGUUCUGGUUAUAUAUAUACCCAGCAAUUGGAUCAACAGAGUCUGGCCAUACAUGGCGAUUUCUAUGUGACCAACACUCUGGAAUUGAGUCAUCAGCAUAUCAAAGAUGUCAAUGGACAAGUCAGUGGCGGUGGCGUAUCCAUAUACUACUCGCACUCGUUGCAAUUGUUAUUCUUCAGCUACUCAUCGGGUCGCAGUUUUGUGGCUCCGCUAACCAAUGUGAAUGAAGGUGUCAAGGGAAUCUAUCAUUUGGAUACCAAUUCGGCAAGUAAAUCAGCCUCCAAGGGACCAUUGCAGCCUCUGGUGCAGUGGACAGAAGUAGCCGGACAUCCUGGUUUAAUCUAUGCCAGUAUGCAGUCCUCGAAUAAUCCUAUAAUUCUAAUGCUAACACCGGAACGCAUCUAUAUGCAAGAGAUAAAGGCUCAAUCGGCCAAGUCCAGGAUUAUGGAUGUCGUGGGCAUACGUCAUUCGGUAGCGGGCACUGAAAAGACCACCCUGCUCCUACUCUGCGAGGAUGGAAGUCUCCGGAUAUUCUCCGCUCAGCCAGAGCAUACAAGUUUCUGGCUAUCACCGCAAGUUCAACCCUUUGGCAAUCAAUUGUACUCGGCCACACUGUUGGCCAAGAGUGGCCCAGGAAGUUGCGGGGGUAAAAAUAAAUCAAGCCUUACCACUGGAUCCAAUGGCAAACUUAUGCAUCGCAGCAAAUCAAGUCAACAGCAGAAGCAACUAACCGCUGGCGGUCAACCGGUGUUCCCCAUUGAUUUCUUUGAGCAUUGCAACAUGCUGGCCGAUGUGGAAUUCGGUGGCAAUGAUUUACUGCAAAUCUAUAGCAAACAGAAACUAAAGACGCGUCUCUUCUCGAAUGGAAUGUUUGUGGCUAGCACCAAAGUGAAUGGUUUCACUUUGGAAGUGAUUAACAAUGAUCCCAAUUUGGUUAUUGUGGGUAUACGUGUGCUCCUGGGCACUCAGGAUGUGCAACGUGCUCCGGUGUCGGUGACCAUUUUGGGACGAACUAUCGUGACGCCAGUGAGACGAGCUCGUUGGUUUGAUAUACCACUAACACGCGAUGAGGUGCUUCAAUCGGAUAAACUACUCAAAGUGAUCUUUGCCAAAUCGCAGGAUCCGGAACAUGUUACGCUACUCGAUUGCAUUGAAGUCUAUGGCAAGUCCAAGGAAUUGGUUGGCUGGCCCGAUGAGAGUGAGGACAAUGCUGUGGCCGGUGGUUCCAGUGUGCCAGCAGUCGCCUCCACAGCCCAGGCCAGUGUGGCCAAUUUUGGUGAAGGUUUCAAUUGCAUAACCCAAUUGGAUCGCAUGGUUACCCAUUUGUUGGAGGUUUUGGAUUGUGCUCUGCAUCUCUUGGGCAGUGGAACGGCGGUGACAUCAUCGCCACUGCGGCAGAAAGCUGUAAAGACAGCUGGUUCAUUGCUUCUACUGCCAACACCGAAUCCUGUCCAGACACAAGCACGCUAUGUAUUGGCCACUCUCUAUGGCAGUCGUCCGGCGUAUCAUAGCUACAAGGAUGGAGUACUUCUACAAUUUGUCCAUGGUGAAUUGCAAGCAAUGCAACCGAAAUUAAGCCAAUUGGAUACCCUGCAGGAGAUUGAUCCAGAAGCAUUCUAUCGCUUGAUACUUCUCGUGCGUGGCAUAGCCAAUUCCAGACCACAAUCGCUGGCCAAGAUCUGUCAGGAGAACAACUAUGAUAUUGUGCCGGCUCUAAUAAGUAUUGUUUUGGAGCUACACAAGAUUACCCCAGCACUGGAUGAGCCCAGCAAUAUUGUAAGACGUGGCCUCUGUCAGCCGGAGACGAUUGUUCAUUGCCUAGUCGAGAUUAUGUACGGCUUUGCCUUGGCCGACAUAGGACAAGUGGGCAGAAUGACCAAAUAUUUCAUAGAUUUGCUUAAACAUGAUGCCAGUGUGAUAAGUCACAGUGCCAAGGAGGCUUUAAUCUUGCUGCUAAGUCCGCGCCUCAAGCGACGUAAAGUGGCCAUUAUAACGCCACCAGCCUGUUCCACGCCCACACCAUCCACUUCCACGAUUCAAGCGCUCCAAGCAGUUGCCGGGUCGGCGGCCAGUGAGAUUAUCGAGGAGGCGGCUGCAGCAGCUGUGGAUGCAGCUGUACCACCACCGCCACCACCCAACAAUGAUCCCAAUGCCCCGGAUGUGGAAGGUAUAGUUGGUGGCGUAGUGAAUCCCCAGCAAUUGCUUAAUUUGGAAGCCUUCAUGGGUGGCGGUUUUCCACGUCUCUUGGGUCUACCCGAAGAUGCCGACGACGAAGCUAUAAUGGAUAUUGCCAUUGCCCUGAGUCUGCAGCAACAUGGCGGAGAUGCCAAUGCCUUGCAAUCGCUACAACAGGGUUUGGCCAAUCUUCAGGGUAUAAGACAAGCGGCAGCAAAUGCAGCUUCCGUUAAUGCAGCGGUCAGUAAUUCCGCCGGCGGCUCCGACGAUGACGAAGGCUCUAAUGUGGCCACCGAUGGUUCCACUUUACGCACAUCUCCAGCCGAACCCGCUGGCAGUGGUGGCUCUGAAAGUGGUGGCAGUGGUGUGGAAAGUAUUGGUGGUACAUCGGCACGUAGCAGCAAUUUCGGUGAUCAUGUGAAUACCUCACCACCGCGUCAGAGUUCCAAUAAGGAGGAGCAAGAGGCAGAUCAACCAGGUACCUCAGCGGGCAUCAGAAAUUCCGGUGGAGUAGGCGGAGAAGGUGUUGCUGGUUUAAGUGCCAUGAGCAGCAGUGAGGAUAAUGAGAUCAAUGAAGAUGAGAAGUUAACCAAAUUGCAUGAACUCAGAAUUGCCGUACUGGAGAGUAUUAUACAACAUUUGAGCACCUUUGAUGCCUGCAAUGGUCUACAGGCUAUACCCCUUAUACAAGUUAUCCUAAUGCUCACAACCGAUCUGAAUGGCAACAAUGAAAGGGAUCAGGAAGUGCUACAGGACUUACUGAAUGCCCUAGUGAACUAUGUGGAAAUUGGCAAACGUGGUGCAGCCACUAAGAUGGAAACCAAAUGCCCAGCUAAUGAAGUACGUUUGGCUUUACUCUCGCUCUUUGGUGUUAUGAUGGGCAAAACCAAAUCUAAACAAACAGGCACAACUUCGCCACCGCAUCAAUUCAAGGAUAAUAGCUCAUUUGUGGCUAGCACCACAGCGAAUGUAUUGAGCAAGAGUGGAGCGUUUAUCUAUGCCCUGGAGGCUCUCAAUACAUUGUUAGUGCAUUGGAAGAAUGUACUGGGUGAUCCCUAUGCAGCGGGUGGUAGUAACAAUGGUGGAGCAGCUGGCAAUCAACUAAAUCAAGGCGGUCCAGGUGGCAAUAGCGGCUCGGGCAAUGGAGCCCAAUUGCUAAAGCCCAUUAAGCAUGGUCCAAAGCCUGAUAUAUCCAUACUAAUACCACAUAAUUAUCUAAAGAACUAUCCUGAUAUAUUUGAAUCGUAUGAUGCUCUACUCACGGAAAUUAUUGUCCGUCUGCCGUAUCAGAUAUUGCGGCUUUGUAGUGCCCAUCCGGAUAACUAUGACAGUGGUUUCUGUGAGACCAUGACAUUUACACUCUGCGAGUAUAUGAUGUUGAAUUUGAAUACUUUACUGCGGCGUCAGGUGCGAAAGCUUUUGAUGUAUAUAUGCGGCAGCAAGGAGAAAUUCCGCAUGUAUCGUGAUGGUCAUUCACUCGAUGCACAUUUCCGGGUGGUGAAGCGUGUGUGUAAUAUUGUUAGCACAAAGACUGGUGCUCCUUAUAAUGUGAAUCCACCGCUACUAACUUACGAUUCGUUGGUGGAGCUAACCGAACAUUUGCGUACUUGCCAGGAGAUUAGUCAAAUGCGUACGGGCAAUUGGCAAAAAUUCUGUGUGGUCCAUGAAGAUGCUUUGGCCAUGUUAAUGGAAAUUGCAUGCUAUCAAUUGGAUGAUGGUGUCUCACCCAUAAUAUUGCAACUCCUACAAGCUGCAGUCUGUAAUAUGCCCUCAUCGAUUGGUGGCGGCAAACAACAACCACCGCCACCGCCUCCAAUUGCACCUGGAUCAUCAGCCAGCAAGUUGCGUAACGAUCGCGAGAAGAGCGAAGAUACCGAUGCGUAUUAUUCGAAAUUCGAUCCCGCUCAAUGUGGUACAUUUGUCCAUCAGAUCUUUAGAUAUGCUUCCGAUGCCCUCAUCAUACGUUUCGUACGCAUCUUUUUGCUGGAGAAUAAUAUCAGUCAAUUGCGCUGGCAGGCCCAUUCAUUCAUGACUGGCCUAUUCGAGCAUGCCAAUGAACGUCAGCGGGAGAAAUUAUUGAAUAUCUUUUGGAAUCUAUGGCCCCUGGUCCCCACCUAUGGACGUCGUACUGCACAAUUUGUCGAUUUGUUGGGUUAUCUGACCUUGAGUACGCGCAGCAUCACCGAAAGAUUGCCCGAAUUCGUAUCACGCGCCGUUGAUGUGUUGCGCCAGCAAAAUGAAUUGCUCUACAAGCAUCCCAAUGCUCCCAUAUAUACAACACUCGAAUCUAUACUCCAAGUCAAUGGUUAUUACUUGGAAUCGGAACCCUGUUUGGUGUGUAAUAAUCCCGAAGUGCCGAUGGCUAAUAUAAAGUUGCCUUCGGUGAAAUCAGAUUCAAAAUAUACAACGACAACAAUGAUCUAUAAGCUGGUCCAUUGUCAUACCAUAUCCAAGAUGAUUGUAAGAAUCGCCGAUUUGAAGCGCACCAAAAUGGUUAGAACCAUCAAUGUAUACUAUAAUAAUCGCAGUGUCCAGGCAGUGGUUGAGCUAAAGAAUCGCCCGGCUCUGUGGCAUAAGGCACGCUCAGUGACCCUGCAAUCGGCCCAGACUGAAUUGAAAAUUGAUUUCCCAUUGCCCAUAACUGCUUGCAAUCUGAUGAUUGAGUUUGCCGAUUUCUUUGAGACGGUAAGCGGAUCGAGUGAGAAUUUGCAGUGUCCACGCUGCAGUGCCGCUGUGCCAGCCUAUCCGGGUGUCUGCGGCAAUUGCGGUGAGAAUGUUUUCCAAUGCCACAAAUGUCGGGCCAUCAACUAUGAUGAGAAGGAUCCGUUCUUGUGCCAUUCUUGUGGAUUCUGCAAGUAUGCCAAAUUUGAUUUUAGUAUGUAUGCGCGUGUCUGUUGUGCUGUCGAUCCCAUUGAAUCGGCCGAGGAUCGUGCCAAGACAGUGCAACUUAUACACAGUUCCCUGGAGCGAGCCGAUCGCAUCUAUCGUCAAUUGUUUGCCAAUAAGCAGACACUGGAAUUGCUCAUACCAAAGGUGGCCGAGCAUCGGAGCAGUGAUCGUUUGGUUGAUGAUAACAUGGGCAGUGUGCAUAGUACAUCACAGGUGAAUAAGAUCAUACAAUUGUUGGCCCAAGAAUAUUGUGUGGAGUCGAGGACACGUUUCGAGGAGCUAAGCAAAAUUGUUCAGAAGGUGAAGGCGUGUCGCAGCGAAUUGGUGGCCUAUGAUCGCCAGCAACAGGAUCAGCCACCGACAAAUCCUAGCAUGUCAUCUGGAAUUGAUAAUCCAUCGACAAAUCGUUGUUAUGGCUGCGCCUUAGCCUCCACCGAGCAAUGUUUGACACUUUUACGUGCCAUGGCCUACAAUUAUGAUUGCCGCGUGGGACUCUAUAGCCAGGGUUUGGUCAGCGAACUGACCGAGCAUAAUCUACGCCGUGGAACUCCACAGAUUCAAGAGGAAGUACGCAAUCUUUUGGUGGUAUUGACCAAAGAUAAUGCUGAGGCUUGCAUGCAUUUGCUACAAUUGGUCACGACGCGAGUGAAGAAUGCUCUAAUGGGUUCCAUACCGUUGAUUAGUUUGGAGGCUGCAGUGCAUCAGGAAAUGACAUUGCUUGAGGUCUUACUGAGUCAAGAUGAUGUAUGCUGGGAAUACAAAUUGAAGGUGAUCUUUGAGCUAUUCAUUAGCAAUUGUCGCCUGCCACGAGGACCAGUUACUUCGGUAUUGCAUCCUUGUUUGCGCAUCAUGCAGAAUAUUAUUUGUCCAGUUUUACCCGUCAACAGCGGCAGUGGCGGCGUCGGCGGGGGUAAUAGCAAUCAGAACAACAAUAACAACAAUGCCAAAACAAACAAUCCACAAUCGAUGGCGGCCAGUGAUUUAAGUAGCAUUGGCAUGGUUGAGGGCAAUACUAUUGAUUAUCGCGCCUGGUUACGUUCGGAUCGCAAUCAUGAAUAUGCCGCAUGGAGUAGUCGCAUGCCCACCAAAUGCCAGAACAAAACGAGCGCCUGUAAGACCCAAGACCCACAACAGCAGCAGCAACAGCCGAUUCCGGCGAAAACUAAAAAGGAAGUUAGAGCCUAUUUCCUGAUGGAGAAAUAUGGACGACGUUGGCGUUAUCGUAGCCUGGACAAGCAGCGCAUCACCAAGCCACUCGUCUUCAAUGCCAAAUGGAUACAACCCUUGCUCUUCAAUCCCAAUUCUCGUCUGGGACGCACACUGGCCUGUUCCCUGCUUAGCGGACUGAGUCGAACCAAUGAACGGAAGCAGCAAUCCCUAAAUAUGUUAACAUCUUUCCUGCGGUAUGUUGGUGAGGCGGGUGAGGCAAGUGCCGAGUACUUGAAUCUGUAUAGGAACAUGGCCACCGAAACACCUUGGCUGCAGUAUCUGGUGCUGAAGGGUGUCCUCUCAGAUAUCUCUCAAUUGUUGGCCAUCGAGAUUGGUAAAGUCCAUCGCAUGGAAGAGCAUUCCCUAUCAUCGGAUCUAUCGUUGGGCUAUGCCCUGCGUCAAUAUGUGGAACUGUUGUGGCUCUUCCUCGAAUGCCCCAAUAUACGUAGAACCUACAAGACCCGCCUAUUGGGUCCUGUAUUGGAGAGUUAUCUAGCCUUGAGGAGUCUGGUAGUGCAGCGUACACGUCUCAUCGAUGAUGCCCAAGAGAAGCUGUUGGAGAUGUUGGAAGAAAUGACCAGCGGCACUGAGGAGGAGACACGUGCCUUUAUGGAGAUCCUCAUCGACACGGUAGAAAAGACACGCAUGAAUGACAUUAAGACGCCUGUCUUCAUCUUUGAGCGUCUGUAUUCCAUCAUACAUCCGGAGGAGCAUGAUGAGAGUGAAUUCUACAUGACACUGGAGAAGGAUCCGCAGCAGGAAGACUUCCUGCAAGGACGUAUGCUUGGCAAUCCGUAUCCAUCGAGCGAAAUGGGUCUCGGUCCUCUGAUGCGUGAUGUGAAAAACAAAAUCUGCACAGACUGUGAACUGAUUGCUCUCCUAGAGGAUGACAAUGGCAUGGAGCUGUUGGUUAACAACAAGAUUAUAAGCCUGGAUUUGCCAGUGAAAGAUGUGUUCAAGAAGGUCUGGUUAGCUGAGGGCGGUGAUCGUGAUGCCAUGCGAAUUGUUUAUCGUAUGCGUGGUCUUUUGGGCGAUGCCACCGAGGAAUUUGUCGAGACUCUGAACAAUAAAAGUCAAGAGCAAGUGGACACCGAGCAAUUGUAUCGCAUGGCAAAUGUCCUGGCCGAUUGCAAUGGCUUGCGCGUGAUGCUCGAAAGGAUUGGCAGUUUGCAGCGCAUUUCACGUCAACGUGAAUUGAUACAGGUCUUGCUUAAACUAUUCCUAAUCUGUGUGAAAGUACGCCGUUGCCAGGAAGUACUCUGUCAGCCGGAGGUCGGAGCCAUCAAUACCUUGCUCAAGGUCUUGCAGAUGUGUCUACAAUCGGAAAAUGAUUCCAUACAAUCUGCUGUGACGGAACAAUUACUUGAGAUUAUGGAGACAAUACUAUCGAAGGCGGCUAGUGAUACAUUGGAUUCGUUCCUGCAGUUCUCUUUAACCUUUGGCGGACCGGAAUACGUUAGUGCUUUGAUCUCGUGCACCGAUUGCGCCAAUGUGCGAAAUAAUCCCUCUGUCCUACGUCAUCUGAUACGUGUCCUGGCCGCUCUGGUCUAUGGCAAUGAGAUUAAAAUGGCUUUGCUGUGCGAGCAUUUCAAGAAUACUUUGGAUUUCAAUCGUUUUGAUGCGGAACGCACUCUUGAAAGUGAAUUCAAAUUGGAACUUUUCUGUGUCCUAACCAAUCAGAUAGAACACAAUUGCAUUGGCGGCACCCUCAAGGAUUAUAUUGUAUCUCUUGGCAUUGUGGAACGUGCAUUGGAGUAUAUUACGGAGCAUGCUCCGUGUGUUAAACCCACGCUCUUGCGCACCGAUUCCGAUGAGCUGAAAGAGUUCAUUUCGUUGCCGAGUUUGAAGUAUAUUCUACGUUUCCUCACCGGUCUGGCCAAUCAUCAUGAGGCCACACAAUUGGCUAUCAGCAAGGAUAUAAUACCGAUUAUCCAUCGACUUGAACAGGUCUCGAGUGAUGAACAUGUUGGCAGUUUGGCUGAAAACCUGCUUGAAGCUCUCUCCACGGAUGCAGCCACAGCGGCUAGGGUGCAGGAAGUGCGUGACUUUACUAGGGCGGAGAAGAAACGUCUGGCCAUGGCCACGCGUGAAAAGCAGCUCGAUGCACUGGGAAUGCGAACCAAUGAGAAGGGUCAAGUCACGGCAAAGGGUUCAAUUUUGCAGAAAAUCGAGAAGCUGCGCGAUGAGACUGGUUUGACAUGUUUCAUUUGCCGUGAGGGUUACGCAUGUCAACCGGAAAAAGUGCUUGGCAUCUAUACAUUCACGAAGCGUUGUAAUGUCGAGGAAUUCGAAUUGAAGUCAAGGAAGACCAUUGGCUACACCACCGUGACCCACUUCAAUGUGGUUCAUGUGGAUUGCCAUACAUCGGCCAUACGUUUGACUCGUGGCCGAGAUGAAUGGGAGAGAGCCAGCUUGCAGAAUGCCAACACUCGAUGCAAUGGCCUGCUACCUCUGUGGGGUCCUUGUGUGAGUGAAGCCGCCUUCUCGGGUUGCAUGACCCGUCAUAGCAGCUACAUGCAGGAGAGCACACAGCGCUGUGAUAUCUCCUAUACGAGCAGUGUACACGAUCUGAAACUUUUACUGGUACGCUUUGCAUGGGAGCGUAGCUUCCACGAUGAUGCCGGCGGCGGUGGUCCACAAUCGAAUAUGCACUUUGUUCCCUACCUGCUGUUCUAUGCCGUCUAUUUGCUUCUCUCGUCCCGCUCAGCUGCCCGUGAUAGCAAAACAUUACUCACCUAUCUAACAGCCGCUCCCAGUGAGAAAUGGCUAGAGUGUGGCUAUGAGGUCGACGGACCGCUCUAUAUGCUAACAGUUUCAUUGUCUUUGCACAGUCGUGAUCUAUGGAAUAAGCACAAGUUGGCACAUCUCAAACGUUUGUUGGCCGUGGCCCAGGCCCGUCAUGUCUCGCCGUCGGUGUUGUGUAAGGCAUUGCUCUCACCUGCGGAUCGUGAAGCCAAGGACUAUGCUGUCUACAAACCGUUCCUUAUGAUUUGGGGUCUUGUCGACUUGCUUUACAAUAAUCUCUUCAAGACCGUCACAACACCCAAGGAAGAAGAUUGGCCCAUUUCGCUCUUUGAUUAUAUACGCAAAAAUGAUGAGGCUAUGCUAAAAUCCACUGAUAGCAUUCUACAAAUGUUGACCGAUGAGUAUUUGCCUUGUACGUCGUUUGCUGAAUUUUGUGAUGUUGCAGGUCUUCUCUAUCUCAUUGAGCAGCCGGAGAGCUUUAUAGAUGAUAUCCUUACAAGUCUGCCUUCUUCAAACACCACCUCAACCACUAGUUCUACCACCAGCUCUAGUUAAAAUUUAAACACAAAACACACACACACAAAAAGAGAAAUUGGCAGUUGCUGCCGCAAAACACUUAUAUACUUAUAUUAAAUAUAUAUAUAUAUAUUUAUCGCAUUACACACACA